ACUACCCAAAACUAAGAAAACCCUUCCUUUUUUCUUGGAUUCUCUCUUAUAACCAAAUUAAGAUAAAUUCUCUCCAUUUUUUUGAUUUCACACACUGGAAUUUUCUGGUAAUUUAAAUUUCUUUUUAUAAGUUUUUAUGCGGUGGAUGUUUAUUUAAAUUUGUCUAUUUUUUAUAUUCAAAAAGAAAAAGAAAAACAAACCCAAAAUUCAUUUUUUUUGUUUCUUUAAUUUAUGAUGGCAGAGAUAUAGAAUGAAUGCCUCCUAAUUUUGACAGUGUCUUUUGUGGAGUAGCAGAAUUUUAAGCAUAUUUUCUUUUGUUCUCUUCUUGGUUUUCCUGCCUAUACAAGCCAAAACCAGCAGUACUAUUUGCCCUUUCCUCAGUCCUUUUCUGGUGCUGGUUUUUGCUGUUUGUGCGAAGCGGGCCCGACCCGACCAUCCACCCAAAUUUGGACUCAUAACAGUCUAUUAAAGUGAUGACACAAGGAGUUCCACAAUAUAUCAUUUAUUCUUCAAAUAACAAAACACAAAUUGGUUGUUAAUUGUACCAUUUCAUCUCCGUUUCUUAUAACUUCAAGCCAUGAAGUUUAUGAAACUUGGAUCUAAACCUGACACUUUCUACACUUCUGAAGCUGUAAGGUCAGUUUCCUCUGAAGUUUCUAGUGAUCUUAUAAUUCAAGUUCAUGGUAGUAGAUAUUUGCUUCACAAGUUUCCAUUACUGUCAAAAUGCCUGAGGUUACAAAAAUUAUGUGCAGAAUCCCCAGAUUCAUCACCCCACCAAAUGAUCCAACUCCCAGAUUUUCCAGGUGGGGUUGAAGCAUUUGAACUGUGUGCAAAAUUCUGCUAUGGAAUAACCAUCACUUUAAGUGCUUACAACAUCAUAUCUGCAAGGUGUGCAGCAGAAUACUUACAAAUGACAGAAGAAGCAGAAAAAGGAAAUUUGAUCUAUAAACUUGAGGUUUUCCUUAACUCUUGUGUUCUACAAGGGUGGAAAGAUUCAAUUGUAACAUUACAAUCAACAAAAAAAUUCCCAUCUUGGUGUGAAGAUCUUGGGAUUACUAGUAGGUGUAUGGAAGCUAUUGCUUGCCGAGUUUCAACCCACCCAUCAAAAAUCAGCCUCGCACGAACCCACUCAAGGCGGGGUGGUGGUGGUGGGGGUGGUGGUGGCGGCGGUGUUGGUGGGUCGGAGGGUGGCAAACAUGAGACUAUGAACAAUAAAGGGUGGUGGUCGGAGGACGUAGCCGAGUUGGGGAUUGAUCUUUAUUGGAGGACUAUGAUAGCAAUAAAAUCAAGAGGAAGAGUUCCUUCUAGUUUAAUAGGAGAAGCCUUACAAAUUUAUGCCUCAAAAUGGCUUCCUACAAAACAAGUAAUUCCUGAUAUUGAUUCAGAUAAAACAGGAGAAAAAACAUGCAAAUAUAGACUAUUACUUGAAUCAAUAAUUAGCUUACUCCCAUCUGAAAAAGGAUCUGUUUCUUGUAGUUUCUUGCUUAAGUUACUUAGAGCAUCAAAUUUACUUAAUGCAUCUCCUUCAUCAAAAAUGGAGUUAGCAAGAAGAGUAGGGAUUCAAUUAGAAGAAGCUAAUGUGAAGGAUUUGUUAAUACCCACAUCAUUAAUCGAAAAUCGGUAUGAUGUUGAUGUGUUUAUGGCCAUUUUAGAGCAGUUUAUGGCACAAGGACAGAGCCCUCCAACUAGUCCUCCUAGGACUAAAGGAAGAUUUGAUAGGAGGAGGAGGUCAAGAUCAGCUGAGAAUAUUGAUGUUGAGUUCCAAGAAAGUAGGAGAUCUUCUUCAGCUUCUCAUAGUGCUAAGUUGAAGGUAGCUAAGAUUGUUGAUAAGUAUCUUCAACAGAUUGCUCGUGACCCGAAAUUGCCCUUGUCUAAGAUGAUUGCUAUUGCAGAAGCUAUACCCAAUUUUGCGAGGAUCGAUCAUGACGAUCUUUACAAAGCCAUUGAUACUUACCUCAAGGCACAUCCAGAGCUCACAAAAGGUGAAAGAAAACGUUUAUGUCGAGUCUUAGACUGCAAAAAACUGUCCAUGGAAGCCUGCAUGCAUGCUGCUCAAAAUGAACUACUACCGCUCCGACUAGUAGUCCAAGUCCUUUUCUUCGAGCAAGCUCGAUCAGUCAUGGCGAGUGGUAAAGUCGCUGAUAUACCUCCGAACAUCAAGGCUUUACUCGCAGCACAAGACGAUGAUUCAUCUAGGCCUACUGGGGCAUUAAGUACCACAACGACUGUCCCUGGUGCCGAGGAUCAAUGGAGUGUAUCGGGCCUUAAAUCGCCCAAAUCGAAGAUCUCAACUCUCAAGAUGAAAUUAGUCGAGGAUGAGCUACAAGAAAAUGGUAUCGCGAAAGGGUUAAAGCUCAAGAAUCUUUGUUCUAUCCCUGGACGUCCUAAACGAAUGUUCAAUAAGCUGUUAUCGAUUAACAACAAAUGUGUGAGCGAAAAGAAUUUAAGAUGAAAAGAAUUAUUUUUCCAAUGUUGGGAUUUUUUAAAAAACUGGUUAAAAUAUUUUGCUUCUAGUGAGUAAAAAGAUAUUAGUUUAAUCGUAUCCUUCUGUAAAAUUAAUUAGGAAAAAAAAAUUUUAAAGUGAAUUGUUUAUGUAGCCUUAUUCCAAUAAUUAAUGUGAAGAGAAAUGAAUUCAAGGCUUGGGCGGGAAAAUCUCUUAAGGGAUACUCUCAAUUGGAGGCCAAAAAAAUUAGAAUUUGGUAGUUGUAAAUUUGUAAGCAUAUAAGGGACCAUAAGGUGGUUGUGUUUAUUUUACCAUAUAUUAUAUAUCAAAAAUUAAAAUUAUGUC